CUGUGAUCUUUUGCAGAUAAAGUCAUGUUAGAUUCUUAUCAACGUUGGCUUCGAUCUUCAAUUCAGAGCUCCUGUUGACAAUCAGAAAAGUGUGCUACUUGAAUCUAUGAGCACUGGUGUGUCACCGGGAGGUGAUUUGAGGUCGCGUGGUACAGCUGCAGGCAGUGGGGGUAAUAAAAAGAUGCUGGCUUCAAAUAUUCUAGGCUCUGGAUCUAGUAGGGCAGAGUAUUACAGAGUUAGAAAUGAACAAAGACCGGUUCCUGUCUAUUCGUCAAUGCAGUAUAAAUCAGCCCCGUCCAAGGUGCCUUGGAAAUCUAUCUUGCUAGCUAUCUUCCUCAGUGUGGUAGGGACAACCCUUCUGACUACUGGCUGUCUCAUGCUCUCUGGACACGUAGACGUCAAGCACUUCCCUCCAAACAGAACCUGGCCCAUGAUAGUCUUAGGUGCGAUCAUGUUCAUCCCUGGAGUGUAUCACGUGAGGGUGGCCCUCAUGGCCUGGUGGGGAUACGAGGGAUACUCCUUCGACGACAUCCCCGACUACGACUGACUCACUCACUGAGUGGCUGACUCGCAGCAACACGAGACACGACAAGAGAACUUACCAUAUUUGGAAAGACUUAAAUCGAGGAGUGCAAUGCUGCAAUGGGCCGAAUUUGAAUGAUGAUUGCAGCUUUUUGUCAGUUAUGUAAUAGUAGUCUUUAGGACGCGGACGAAAGUGAAGGAAGUUCAAAGAUGAUGCAAUUUAAUGGUCACAAAAUGUUACAUAUUGUCAGCUUAGAAUAAAGGUUUUGAAGGUUAAAGUAAAAUUUGGAUGUUCCGUGCUGCAGUAGAAUUAAUUCAUGUCAUUGUUUCCUAUUUGGAUAACGAUUGUUUCGUUAUUUCAAAAGUCAUAUCAUGUCAUACUUGUUUGUAUUGUGUUUAUGUAUAAAUAACUAUUUUCUCAUUAGUAUUUAAUUUUUUUUGGGUAUUUAAUUUGACUUCUUUUUUGCAGUAGGUUAUGAAUGCAAAGCUAAUGAAUGGUCACAAUUGAAUUUUUUAGUUCUA